AUGCGGCUGCUUGCGCUCGUCCUUGGUCUGACGACCGGGCUCAAGCCGCAACCCACGCGCCAAGAGCUGCUGCGCGGCGCCGCAGCGUCAGCACUACUCGCGCCGGUCCCACCGGCGCGCGCCGAGGAGUUCAAGGACGUCGCGACGGUCCGGACGACGGCGCAGGCCCUGGGCGUGGACGAAAAGGACCUCCCGCAGAAGAACCAAGACGUCAAGCUGCGCACGUACGUGGACCCUCUGUUCGAUUUGACGUUCCCGAAGGACUGGUUCGCCAUUCGGAGAACGAUCGACGGCGACAUCGUGCGGAGGGGCGGCGUCAUCUUUUCGGCCGGUAACCUGCGGACCGCGGAGGUGGUCACGGUGGAGCUGUUCAAGGUCAAGGAACUGCUGGAGCAGGCCGAGGCCCUCCCCUACUUCCCCGAGGGCAAGAUCAAGCAGUGGAACGACCUCGGCAGGGACCGGUGCGCGCAUCCACUUUCGUUGCGCGUCUCCGCCCGCGGCCGAAUCGUGACCCGCACGCCGUCGACGCGACGCCCGCUCGACGUUGAUUCGCGCGCAGGCAAGGACGCCGCGUUGGCGCAGUUCGUCUGCGAACGACGGGACGGGGAGGCGACGGCGAGCGCGCGCAAGCAGCAGAUCCAGGCGCGCGCGUCCACCGCCGUGCCCGGCUCGCUGAGCGUGCGGGGCGACGUGCUCCAGCUCGACAUCGCGACGGACAUCCAGGGCACGACGGCGCGCGUGGGCGAGGCCGGCUCCGAGGUCAUGACGCCCGGGAUCCGCCGGCUCCAGCGCGCGCGGCUCACGUUGUUGCCGGGCGGGUCCGAGGUCAUGGGCGUCGUCGCCGGUUGUUUGGACGAUUUGUGGUCGUCGGGCGAGGACCGCGUCCUGGGGGACGUCGUCGAGUCCUUCCGCAUCAAGGCGGCCGGCGCCGCGCCGCUGCUACCCGCCUAA